CGGCGCGAGGAGAGGAUAUAAAAGCAGAGCCACACGGAUAUAACGUAUUCUAGUCGGGGUAGAGAGGGCGAUCUUCUCGCCCUGACCUACAGAGGUAUCGCGCAGAGCCCUCCCCGCGAGCCGGCGGCUGUCCCGUUAUGCCUUAAACUUAUGAGUAAGGAAAAUAACGACCCGGGGUGACGCCCGGGUCCUCACUGCUGAUGUGAGAGGAAUUUUUGCGCGGGUACAGGUCGCCCCAGGGUGACCCGCUUACUUCGCGGGAUGCCCGGGAGCCGCGAUCUGCCCGACCCCAGAGCCCCGUGUCCCAACGACAGAGCCGGACAGGGCCCCGCAGCCGAUAACCCCGCUGUUGGAAAACUUCGCAGCCAGCAUUUCGAGCACAUUCCUGUGUCAAACAGCUUCUACAAUAGAAAAACAACAGCUGAUCAGAGCAGCAAUCACAGUGAAAUGGAAAGCAUGGUGUGAGAAGAAUGGUCUGAAAACACAUCAGCAUUAGAGUAAAUUGCAGGGUCCAUAAUUGACUGAAAUAUGUCUUUAAUACUUGGGAAAUAAACUGUUUCAAUGAGCUGUCUGCAUGUUGAAGCCCAUUCAUCAGCAUCUGUGGGUCCCUGCCAUUGCAAUCGAUGGUGUGCCUUAUCCUUUGGAGCAGAAUUUGAUCAUGGGAGACUGACUGACCAUGUGACUCCUCAGGGAAGCUCCACAGGACAGGAGACCAAAUCCGCCAGGUGUUCUGGGGAACAGAGCAUGGUCUCAAGACCCCAAAGACGCCCACAUGCAUCUUGUUCAACCAGAAGAAGGAGUUCAGUAAAUUUGGCUAUGAUGCUGUGAUGAAGUACAAGAGCCUGCCCUCCGGCGAAGCUGACAAGUGGUACUUCUUCGAGAACUUCAAGAUGAGACUGUACAACACGAAAGUGACUUCUGGCAUGGAAAUGGAAGCAAGCAAUGGAAAGACACUUCCUGCCCUGAUGGUCUUUGCUGAAAGCCUACGCUACAUGAAGGAACAUGCCCUGAACACUGUCCAAGAGGCUUCUUUCCACACCGUCUGUGACCCCCAGGAGAUCACCUGGGUCAUUACUGUCCCAGCCAUAUGGAGUGCAGCUGCCAGGCAGUUCAUGCGGCUGGCAGCAAAAGAGGCAGGACUCAUCUCUGACAUGAUUUCUGAGAAGCUGAUUAUUGCCCUGGAGCCAGAGGCUGCAUCACUUUGGUGCAAACAGCUUCCACAAGAAGGGUUUAUCGUAGAGGCCAGUGACAAGAAAAAGUUUGAAGACUCCCCUGGGAUCCAGUAUAUUGUUGUUGACUGUGGAGGCGGCACAAUAGACAUCACAGUACAUGAGAUCCAAGAAAACCAUUAUCUGAAGGAGUUACACAAGGCAUCUGGAGGUGGAUGGGGAGGCAACAGAGUGGAUGAAAACUUCAGUGCAUUCCUCAGAGAAAUAUUCGACGAUGGUGUAUGGGAUGAAUAUGUAAAGAGCCACCCUACUGAAUUGCAACAUAUGAUGUACAACUUCAGUCUACAGAAAUGCUCUGCCAGCAGGGAAGCAGUCUACAUACGUUGCUACUACAACUUGACAAGAGUGGCAGAAAGCAGGAAGGAGAUCUCUCAGUUCUUCACAAAUGUCACAGGAGCUGUAUGGUGUGAUGGGAUGAUCAUGAUUACAUAUGAGAAAAUGAAGAGCUUUUUUGAGUACAGUAUCAAAAAUAUUGUUGGUACUUUGAGGGAAAUCCUUGGCAAGCCUGAGAUGGCCAAGGUCCAGUACAUUUUACUUGUGGGAGGUUUUUCAACUAGCAUCAUCUUGAGGGAUGCAAUCCAUCAGGCUUUUAGCAAGAAGUAUAAUGUCCUUUGUCCCAUUGAGGCCCAAGCUGCUGUUGCAAAAGGGGCUGUUUUAUUUGGAGUCAAUCCAAAAAUCAUUGCUUCAAGAAUCAGUGCUCGGACAUAUGGUGUAGAAGUAUACACAACAUUUGAUGUUGCUAUCCACGACUUUUGUAAACGAUAUGUCUCAAAAGCUGAUGGGCUUGUUUAUUGCAAAGAUAUCUUCAAGAAAUUGGUGGGAAUUGAGGAGUCAGUGAAUAUAAAUGAAGUUGCCGAAUAUAUUUUUCAGCCAAUAGAACAAGAUCAGACAUGUGUACGCUUUGCUUUCUACUCCACAGAAAAGCACUGUGCUCAGUAUGUAGAUGAGGAAGGGAUGGAACUGCUCGGCUCAUGCGCAGUAACAAUGCCAGACACAAGGCUGAGGAAGAAACGAAAACUUAGGCUGGAUAUUAAAUUUGGGCUUACUGAAUUUAAAGCCACAGCUACAGACAUUGCUUCCAAACAAAGUCAGACAGUUGUGAUAGAUUUUUUAGCAGUGUAAAUGCUUUGUUCUUAGAGCAGCAGGGACAACAAAUUCAAGGGACAGCCUAAGCAGUAGGUACCAACUACUACAAUGUAAAAUGGCAAAUGGACCAUAAAGUUUAUUAUCCAGUCUUACCCUUAAUUCAAAAUCAGGUCUCUUUAUUUGGAGUUCAGGUUUAAUACUGCCAGGGGAGACAUUUAAAUGGAUUUAAGUUUUCUUCAGAACAUCACUUAGAAAUACAUUAUGUAUAAUUAAAGGGCUUUUGUCCCAGUCAAAGGUACCAUGUGAAGAAGUAAUUCAGGGACAUCUGUGAGCUAGGAUCCAAAACCUAUGAGAGUGUUGUGUUCCCGUAAACCAUUUGGUGGUUUUAUCUCAUUGACUGGGCAUAUACUACUGCUAGAUUGUAAUAUUAUGGAUAUGAAUAGUGCUUAUGCAGUUGCCUGAGCCCUUCUGUCCAGCUGAAGAUACUCCCUAUGUCACUGACUUGGGCUUAAUGUUUUCUGUUUCCAUAAAAGCUCAUCUCUUUCCCUCCUGUCUAGAGCACCUGUGAACAGGCUCAGCAAAAUGUGGCCUGUGUGAGUCCAAAUUUGCCCAGGAAAAGCAUGUAACAAUGAAGUGUGCUGGGUCUGUCUGGGAUGCAGUUAACUUUCUUCAUGACUCUAAUGUUUGCAUUUGUAACUUUACCAAAAUUCUAGAAUGUGAUUUUAGUUAAUCAACUCCUGUCACCUCUUACCAACUUAUUACAUCCAAUUAUACUUAACUUCAUGAUCUGCUGCCUACUCCUAUUAGAAUGAAACUUACCCUGCUGAGGAAAUUACUGUUAUAUGAAGACUUGAAGCGGUUGAUGAAACAAGUUUGAGAAAAUGGACAAAAGACUCUGAUUACUGUCCAUCAUGAUAUAGAAGAAAUAUAUCAAGCGAUGAUAAGAAUAAAGAAAGAUGAACAGCACCAUUGGUGGGACACUUUAUUUGGAUGGUCGCCAACUGCCACAGGAAUCUUCAACAAGAUGCUUCACCCUGUUGUUGUUUGGUUAGUACUUGCUGCAGUAUGCUUUAUACUAACAAUUUGUUUGCAUGUUAAACUCUGGACUAUGAUGAAACAUUUCGUAUCCUUACACGAAAUACAUACACUCAAUAAUCCUCAUCCCCAAAAUGUAUGUGAUAUACCCGAUACGUUCCAAAUGUCAUGAAGCUUAAGUGGCUAUAGUCAUGGGGUGGGUUACGCUUCCUUGAGCAGGAAGUCCUGCCUACACAUGGUCAGGUCCACUACCCAACCAGGCCUUAAAACUGUUAUCGUGUAUGUGCGUGCUAAGGAUAUAGCUUCUCUGCCUAACGCUGAACUGUUCCAGUGCUAAUACUCAGUUAGUCAGAUACACUGAAUUAAAAAUCAGCAUUGGAGUCUUUGUUAGCUGCAAUGACUAUGUUAGAACCACUGCUAUCCAUCUACUUAAUCCUUGUCAGUCAUUACAACAGGAUUCAGAGGAUUAAUCUGCAAAUAUGUUAUGCCGCAUGCUGUAUAAAAGAUGAACUAUUUUGAA